AUGUCCAAGCUGCUGGAGGCCUGUUUAACUGAUUUGUGGACGCAACGUUUCACCUUUGCCCGCAUGGGCCUGGAUCUGCAACCAGAUCGCCAAGUGCUACGCUCGUCGCUCACCUAUUACGUCAUGGUGUUUGCCACCAGCUUCGAGCUGUGCACCGUUUGCGCCUUCAUUGUGCUGCAUCGCAGCGAUAUUGUGCUCUGCUCGGAGGCACUGAUGCACGGUGUCCAGAUGAUCUCCUCGCUGCUGAAGAUGACCAUCUUUGUGAUCAAGUGCCCAGAGCUGGUGUCUCUCAUUGCCGCCCUGCAUGCGUCCUUUCGCCGCUCCACUGCCAACGCAGCUGAGCUACGCAUUUGGCAAUUGCAGAAUCGUCGCGGCCAGCUCUUCUCGGCCAUAUAUUUCCUACUGUGUGCCGGCACCAGCAUCUCCUUUCUGCUGAUGCCGCUUUCGUCAACCGCUCUGCAUUACUAUCGAACUGGCCAGUUUGUGCCCGUAAGCUCGUUUCGUGUCGCGUUGCCCUAUGACGUCACGCAGCCGGCCAUCUAUUUGCUCGACUGCUGUUUGAUGGUGCUUGUGUUGACCUUCUUCUGCUGCUCCACCACCGGUGUGGACACCCUCUACGGCUGGUUCGUCUUUGGCCUGACGGCGAACUAUCGUCGCAUCGUGCUGCAGCUGCAGGUCGAUCUGCUGCAGUCUCCAGCUAGUCGGGAGCUGGAGCGUUGCCUGGCUGAGCUUUUUAGACAACAUGCCCAGCUGUUGGAGCUAGUGGCUCGUUUCGAGGUAGUCUUUCGGGACAUUGCCUGCGUGGAGGUGCUCUUAAUCUGCGUGCUCUACUGCUCCGUGAUCUGUCAGUACAUCAUGCCACACACCAACCAGAACUUUGCCUUUCUCGGCUUCUUCUCGCUGGUGGUCAGCACACAGUUAUGCAUUUAUGGCUUCGGCGCCGAGCAGGUGCGUCAUGAGGGUGAGCAGUUUGCUCAGCGACUCUAUCAGCUUGUGCCCUGGCAUCAAUUGACGCCACGUCAGCGCCGUCUGCUGCUGCUACCGCUGCAGCGUGCCCAGAAGGAGACCCAACUGGGCGCUUACUUUUUUGUGCUUGGUCGGCCUUUAUUGGUGUGGAUUUUUCGCACAGCAGGUUCUUUUACCACGUUGCUAAAUACGCUGCGCGCACAAAAUUAG